AUGGCCAGCCAGUUAUUCCUCCCGGUCACCCCGCGCCUCUCGUCCUUGACGCCCGUGAAGCCGCACUUCGGACAACUCCAAGCGGGCAUCAGCGUGGCAAUCCAGCGCACCGACGGGAGAAUCCAUCUCGCAGUGGUCACAGAGGUCAAACGGAACAACGCUUGGGUCACGGUAGAGUGGGCCGAAAAAGGAGUCAAAAAAGGUAAAAAGGUUGCUCUAGAGACCAUAUUCCUGCUGAAUCCAGCUCUGACCUCGGCUGGGCCCUCCGCGCAGGGCAGGGCUUCGCGCUCCGGGUCUCUGGCGCCCCCUUCAGUCAUCGGGGACCAGCGCACAGCCGCGCGGUGGGCUAUGAGGAUCCCCCAGAGAAACGAAACGCCCUCGGGGGACAGCCUGGCCGUGAGAGUUCCCAGCAGCCCUUGCCUGAUGACGCAGCGGAAAUCUGCCUGCCUAAGAGAAAUUGAGAAACUGCAGAAGCAGCGCGAGAAGCGCAGACGGCUGCAACGCGAGAUUCUCGCCCAGCGCGCCCGGGACGCCAACACCGGAAAUGCCAACUAUGAGAUCCGGCGCCUGAUCGAGGAGUGCCGCAGGCGCUUGCGCGGCGGCCGGAUGGCCGGCCCCAAGCCGCGGGAUGGCCGCCGCAUCUGCGUCUGUGUGAGGAAGCGGCCUCUCAACCAGCAGGAGGCCACCCGGGAGGACCUAGAUAUCGUCACCAUCCCCUCGGACAACGUGGUCAUGGUGCACGAGUCCAAGCAGAAGGUGGACCUCACUCGCUACCUGGAGAACCAGACCUUUUGCUUCGACCACGCCUUCGAUGACACCGCCUCCAACGAGUUGGUUUAUCAGUUUACUGCCCAGCCUUUGGUUGAGUCCAUCUUCCGCCAUGGCAUGGCCACCUGCUUUGCCUAUGGACAGACAGGCAGCGGGAAAACGCACACUAUGGGAGGAGGCUUUUCGGCAAGGGACCAAGAGUGUUCUAAAGGCAUUUAUGCCAUGGUGGCGCAGGAUGUUUUCCUCUUACUCAAAACUUCCGCUUAUGAGAAGCUGGACCUCAAAGUCUAUGGGACGUUUUUUGAGAUUUAUGGGGGAAAGGUGUAUGACUUGUUGAACUGGAAGAAGAAGCUGCAAGUCCUUGAGGAUGGCAACCAACAAAUCCAGGUAGUCGGGCUGCAGGAGCAGGAGGUGUGGUGUGUGGAGGACAUGCUGAACCUCGUGGAACUAGGGAACAGCUGCCGGACUUCAGGACAGACAUCAGUCAAUGCCCACUCUUCCAGGAGUCACGCAGUGUUCCAGAUCAUUUUAAAGUCUCGAGGGAAACUGCAUGGCAAGUUUUCCCUUGUUGACUUAGCUGGGAAUGAGAGAGGAGCAGAUACUGCCAAGGCCAACCGGAAAAGACAGCUGGAAGGAGCAGAGAUUAAUAAGAGUCUCUUGGCACUCAAAGAAUGCAUCCGAGCUUUGGGUCAGAACAAGUCUCAUACCCCAUUCAGAGCCAGCAAGCUCACACAGGUGCUCCGGGACUCCUUUAUAGGCCAGAACUCCUCCACUUGCAUGAUUGCUACUAUCUCUCCAGGGAUGGCCUCUUGCGAAAAUACCCUCAACACUUUAAGAUAUGCAAAUAGAGUAAAAGAAAUAACUCUAAAUUUAAGGCCUUGCCAUCGUUGUUUUUAUCCUGCUGAACGUGAAAUGCCAAGGGUAUUGAAAAAUCACAUUAGAAAUUCAGAAAUGUCCGUUCAGGGGGAAGAAUUUAUUAGUAUACCUUGCCUACAGAGUGAGGAGGAGGAAGAGACUGAAGAAAUCAAAGUGCUAUCCUCUCAAUUAAUGGAUACAAUUUCCUGGAAGGAAUCAAGUCAAUGGCCAGAUAAUAAAAUCCAGGAGACAUCUGAUGGGGUAAACUGCAAUGUUGACUUUUGCAUUGCCCAGUUACUGUCCAUUUUGGAGAAGAAAAUAGAUAUUCUGACUGAGAUUCAAAGGAAACUGAAAUUAUUACAAGCUGACCUUCAAAAGAGCAGGCAUGGUGAAGUCAAUGGGGAGAGAUCAGAUCUGAAAUGA